AUGGCUUUACCGACUACGUUAAACGUCUUCUUGACGUCCUUUCCAGGACUGAACCUCCCUGCGACCCUCUCGCUUCCUCUACCCGCCGAAACAACCAUCUCACAACUCCACGAUCGCAUCCAAGACCGCCUUCCAGCACACAACAGCCGCCUGAUCCUCACGACUAUCUCAAACAAGCAGUUACCAGCGACAUCAGAAUCACACAUUUCUGGUCUUCUCUCCAGCCCGCACGAUGACUUUCUGUCCCUCCGACUGGCGGUCCCGUUAUGUGGUGGUAAGGGAGGUUUUGGAUCACAGUUGCGAGCUGCUGGAGGCCGUAUGUCCUCAAAGCGGAAGAAGAACCAAGGCGAUGAAAACGCCUCAAGUCGAAAUCUUGAUGGCCGAAGACUGCGAACCGUGAAUGAGGCAAAGGCUCUCGCCGAGUACUUAGCUAUCAAGCCCGAGAUGGCCAAGAGGGAGAAAGAGGAACGCCGGAAGCGAUGGGAGCAAGUUGUCGAACUCGCUGAGCGUAGAGAGGAGGAAAUGAAGUCUGGAAGUAAGGGCAAGGUUGAUGGGAAGUGGGUUGAGGAUAAGGAAGAGGCUGGCGAGGCCACACGCAAGGCUGUGCUUGCUGCUAUGAAGUCGGGAGAUUACAAGGACAACUUGGUAGGAACUUCUGCUGCUAGUGGAUCUGGAUCUGGAAAUUCUGGCAGUGAGGAUGAUGGUAUGGGAGGGUCGAGCUCGAAGGGUACAACUCCUCCAUCAGAUGCCGAGCCUAAGCCCAAGACAAGAAUGUUCUUUGGCUUUGAGGAUGACGAGUUCUUGAGCAGUGAUGAGGAGGACGAGGAAGAUAAUGGUGUGGAUGAAUUGGAGGAAGAUGAGCCUGAGAUUGUCGAGAAAGAACCUACGCCUCCGCCUGCUCCAGCAAAGGGAAAAGGAAAGGGAAAAGCCAAGGCACCGGCAAGAGUUACAAAGGCCAAGGGAAAGGGAAAAAGGUAG